AUGCAACGACUUCAAUGCCUGUUCACGCUCACUCUUCUUCUCAUUUUUUUGCAAAUAAAAUGGCUCAACGGUGAAUCCUUCUUUCUUUCCCAUUUCCUUGUUGGUGAAGAUUGGCUUGCUAUGGAGUUCAACAAUGGCCUUCUGUGCCGAAGCAGCAUCUGCAAAGUCAAUACAUGCGAAACCAACUGGAAUUCCAUCGUCUUUAGUUGGGAAAUAGAUGCUGUUAAUUUCGCCAUAUUUUUCAAGGAGUUUCUUGAGCAUUUCUGCCGUGUAGUUUGA